AUGGCGUCCAUCUUCACCUAUGAUCCGGACCCGCCACGGGUCUCCUCGCCAUGGUCCACGUCAGGUACAUCUACCCCCCAGGUUUGGGGGCCUGGCGGUCGUGGCAUGGCGACUAAAUCCCGGUCCAACUCGAGCCUGCGCUUGGCUCUGACCGAUCCCGACUUCCUGUCCGACUACGGAAUCAGCAAAUUGGAGCCGGAACCGCAAGAGGGUCCGAUGGAAUAUAAGCUGCAUCUUCUCCUUCGCCCGCGGCGACUCUAUAGCUCCACUUCGACUAGGCCUGCCGCCGGUAGAUCUUGCCAUUCCCAUGAGAGCGGCUCCACCUCGGGCCCGACAUCUGCCAGCUACGAAUUGGGUGCGAAACCGGCUCCGACUCCGUCGACGCAGAGUCGACAGCAGCGGUUGCAGCAGUUGACUACCCAACUUUUGUGGCGGUUGCAGCAGUCUUCGCCUUUCCAUUCGUCUACCGCGGCUAGCCUCGUGCUGCCUGUUCUGCCUGAGGCGUCACCCCAGCUGGGGGUCCCGCAAAAACCCACUCGGCUACUCCCUGGUCUUGAGGAGAGCCAAGGUGCUCUCUAUGAGAUUGGUGUUUCCGAUGAUGGGGCCUUUGUUGGGCUUGUCAACGACGAAUUGGAAGAGAGCCUACUCAACUUGCAUGUCAUGGCUACUAGCUUGGGCUGCAAGGUCGAGGUUCUUCGCAGAGUCAUCGUUGGAAAAUGCGAAUGGGUUGAGAACUCGAGCGCGGAGGGCACCGAAACUGGAAAACAUAAGACAGGGGACCUUUGGGUUGCGGAGGCACUUGUGAGUCCGGAUUGGGACCAUUACCAUUCGAACUCAUCCACAAAUGGCUACUGUGAGACGCGGCCCAGCUUGUCCAAUCUCGGGGAGAAUGACUUGCCUGAUGCGGCGAACUCUAACACUGAGCAAAUCCGGAUCUCGAUCACAGGUCCAACAACAGCUGGCAAGUCUUCGCUUCUUGGCACAUUGACGUCGUCUGUACUUGACAAUGGGCGAGGCGCAAGCAGACUGGGGCUUCUCAAGCAUCGGCACGAAAUUUCAUCCGGUAUCACCAGCUCUGUCGCACAUGAGUUGAUCGGAUAUGCGGCUAGCGAGCAGUCCCUCGACACCACGAAUGUCAUCAACUACGCCUCGGGUAAUGUCGAUGCCUGGAACGACGUUCACGCGACUGCGAAAGGCGGCCGUUUGGCCUUCGUGUCAGACCUUCCAGGAUCGGUGCGAUAUUUGAAAUCAGCUCUCAGAGGACUGGUCAGCUGGGCGCCCCAUUAUAUCUUGUUGUGUAUUCCGGCAAAUUGCGACGAUGAGAGCAGUGGUUCGGCUGAUCAAACCGAUAUUAACCUCGCCCUGUCUUAUCUAGAUGUGUGCACCAAAUUGGACAUCCCUAUACUAGUGGUGAUCACUAAGAUGGAUCUUGCAUCGCGGGCUGGAUUGAGAAGCAACCUCACCAAAGUCUUGUCAGCAUUGAAGGCGUCGGGUAAAAAGCCUGCAAUGCUACCUGGCUCUUCCAAUCAAGAUAUCGACUUGCAGCAUAUAGCAUCCGCAGAUAGGGACAGCGUCAGGAAGGUGAUCUCGGAAACGGACGACUGGAUGACCACAGUGCCGAUUGUCCUCACCAGUGCUGUCGAUGGCUCGGGUAUAGGGAAAUUACAUGCUUUUAUUCGAUCUCUACCCAUUCCGCAACGGCCAUCCUUGGUCCGGGCCGUCUUGCCGGAGUCGCUAGACUCCCCCGACCCGCCUUCCAACAUCUUCAACAUCGAUGAGGUGUUUGCCAUCCCUCCGUCGAAGGUCACCCACACGAACGAUUUGACGUCUUUGGCGCUCUCGUGCUCUACGCUCCAUUCUCUCGCCAUCCCUCAGAUGUACUCUCGGUUCGAUAUAGUAUGGCCUGACACCCUGUCGUCCUCCGAUCAUCCUGCUGGGGUUGACGCCCUGUCCUAUGGUCUUGCAACGCUAGUCAUGGGGGAGGACGUCUUUCGUGAAUUGCCUGCCGGACGCCGUCCAACGGAUAUCGCUACCCCGCAUGAUCGACCGCCAGCGUCACAAGGGCCCCACGGCACCCGGAAGAUACGCCGAGGAAACCACUAUGCUCAGUAUACACGCAAGUUUUCGGUGGGAAAUGGCCCUCUGCUCUGGGUUCAGGAAUACUCGGUGACCAAGGAGACGGGCAAGAUGCUAGGCACGCUGGUCGCUUUGGCGGUCGCACGGAUGGUCAACCUGGAGACCUUCAUCUGGGACAUGCCGACCGGAGUUCUGAGAGACGUGUGGAUCGCGCUGUCGUCGCUAGCGGAUCGUCCAGGACACGAUUGCCGCCUGGAACGGGUUUGGGUCCGGUGGCAUGAUAAUUCUGAAAAUUCAAUGCGCUCUGCACAAGACGUGGCCACCACAUCGUCCUUGACUCUGCCUGCCAUGCAGGUGCCCUCCAACCCUCCGGCGUCUGGUACCCCUCUGCAGCAGAAAUACGGGCAUGUAGAAUACCCGACCCUCUCCAUCCUGCCCCCCAUGCGGAGCUUGAGUGUGCUGGACAUAGACGAGCCUUCGUAUCUGGAAGAAACGGCCGUUCUCAUCGAGCGCUCAGUAGGAAAACUGAGGGAACUACGCAUUGGCAUCUCCCCCAAGGUCUACCAGGCGGAGUGGUUAAAAGCCCCCGCGGUCUGGUCAUCGAGUUCGCCUCCAAGCCAGGGCCCAGUGCCUGGUUGGCCCAAGAAUGGCGGUGUUCUGGGUCUCUUGUUUGGGGUGUCUAGUGACCCCUUGGGCGAUAAUUCUGCGAGUGGCUCCGCUAAGAAGCAAGACGCUGGUGUCGCCAAUACUCACGAACAUAACGGGAUAACUCCACCAGCCGAAACACCUUCAACUAGCAACGCCGCACCUGAGGUCCCCCCGUCCCAACCCGUGGAUAUUGCCUCAACGGAACAAGGUCCUAGUAUUACAGGCGACCCAGGUCAAGGCGAUGACUCCUCGCCAUUGGGACAAUCGUCUCCGACGGAAACACCAGCUCCCAUUGUCCCACCAGAGAGCUCCAAGCGAUCAUCCAAAACGACCAGGUUCAAAAAGCGGAGGGAUGAUAACGUGCCUCGAUUGAGCCUGGAAAUUUUGGAGCUAGAGCGUGUCCCAUUAUCAGUCCUAGCGAUGCAACAUGCUCUUGAUUGGACCAGGAUCACGACGCUCACGAUUCUCCGCUGCGAGGGUCAUGAAAAGCUUUGGAGGGCCCUGCGUCGCGAGUUCACUCCGUCCCCCACGCCACAAUCGUCCAGAUCACGACGAAAGUCCGCUUCUGGUCAUUCCACCUUACUGUACGACUUUCCGCUGAAGAUCAAGCACAUACAUACGGACUCCGUCUCGCCAUAUCUCUUGCUGUUCAUCAAGGACGCCCUUGCGCCGAACAGUCUCGAGACGCUCUUCCUGCACGAGGCACCUAUGUACGACUCGAUCGUCGGUAUCGACGCCAUCUACAAAAAUGUGGUUCGCCAUCAUCGCUUGAGUCUCCGCAAGGUAUUAAUCGACAGCACCGAACGAUCGCCCGACGGGGGUGAGCUGGCCACCAGCCGCUGGCGGAAAUGGAUGUUCACCCGAGAGAUGGUCUCUUUCUUCACGAGUGGGCGCAUGCCCCGACUGCGCGAGCUGUCCAUGACCAUCCACUCCAAAGACUGGCACUACUUCCUCCAAAGACUGCCCAACAUCCCCUACCUCCGCGCUCUCCACAUCGCACACAUCGCCCACCCCAUCCACCGCGACCCCAAAGAACUCGCCAUGCAAAUCCUAGACAUCGUAACCAUCCGCCCGGAAGUAGGAAUCAGCUACGUAGGCAUGCAAAGCAAGUGCUACGAGAUCCUCGAAGGCAAACGCGGCGACAAAGACGACGACCUCGACUACCUAGACACCCACAGCGAGGGCUUCGUCCCCGGCGGAGACGAUUGGGCCGGCUCCGACAGCAUGGACGAUGACUCCGACUCCGACGACGCCGCCGCCGCCGUCAGCGCCGCGGACUCGCACUCUGAGGCGUCAUCUGAUGAUAGGGGCUCGUCUGAUGGUGAUGAUGUGGAGUUUGAGGGUGGGAGAUCGAGGGUUGCGUUCCGGUUGAGGGAGAUUCUGUUUUAUGAUGAUAAGAUUUCGAUCUUUAAGGCGAGGCAUGGGAGCUUGUGA